CGUCGCUUGUCAUUGGAGACCUCCUUACGUGCUUUCCCGUUUCAUGCGUGUUAUGUUUGUCAUUUUUUCUGCCGUCCAAGAACUAGUAUCCGCACUCGGUCCCGACUUUUUUUGUGAAUCCACUUGCAACCGCAUAACUGCACAUAGAGGAGACGCGUUUAAUUAGUGGAAAGAAUCCGAGGAAUUCCGCGUCCGCGAGCGUCCAGUUCCGACCCAGAUAAGAAAUAGAAAAUUGCGAAAGUUGUUGGAUCGCUGGUGGCUCGUGGGAAAUUCUGUUGGAUUGGGUCGUGUGUGCUGGCUUUGGUGUUAUUGGGAUCGUAGAACUCUGGCUUGGCGUCUGAAUUCCGCUCGUGGAGUCCAUCGGGUGGUGGCGUAUGAGCCGCGGAUUAAGAGUGAUUGUGCCUAAUUCCGGAUCAUUUGGGAGAUUCAUCGCGGGUCAUCUCGCGCUCGACUGAACUGGAAACGCGACCCGACCGAUAGUGCGUGGAACAUCCCACCCCCAAGUUCAAGUGAAGUGAAGAAGCUGAAACCAAAGGCACUUCCGCCUCGUAAAGAAAUAAAUCCAAGGAAAAUCCCGCGAGUGAGCCGCGACAGGCAAGUGUAGUUGCAUAUUUUGCAUUCCACGGUCUGUAGGCGUUUUGUUUUCGUUUUUUCCACAACUCUACGCUGUCUGGGUUGUUUUUCCGCUGGGAGCCAGUCGCGGGAAAGUUGCUUUGCCUCCUGCCGUUCGAAUAUCGAGACGCCAAACGUCGGCCUUCGCGGUGACUUCUUUGGGUGCAUAUACCUACUUAGCAGUGCGUGGCGUAGGAGAGAGGCGCGCGCGACCGGGGUCAACCGCGAGACACUCCACUUGGUUGGCGGUGCGUUGUCGGAAAAUGAAUGCGGGCGAAGUGCGCGGCGUUGCCUUGAACCGCUUAUAGGGAAUCGGACAUCGUAAACUGACCACCGGUCAAUUGUUUUAUUUGGAGUUGACAGCACCUGGCACCAGCGGUAUACCGAGUUCGUCAAAGACGCCAACAACUUCCCUAGUGCAAAAUGGAUCUAAACGAUCCUCCUACCUCGCACGUUGCUUUGGACUCACAGAACUCAUUGUCGUGGACCAGCAGCAACCCCAACAAUGGAAGCAACAAUAAAUCCAGCGUCUUAUCGCCAUCCCAGCUCCAGCAACCGCCUCAACAGCAGCAGCCACAACAGCCGAUUUUCAAUGGGAAAAUUCAAAGGAGUGCCAGCAACGAGGAAAGUGAUCUUUCUGUCAAGAACACUGAAAACGGGAAAAGGAAAAAAUCGAAGUCAAGCAAUGCAUCCGUGGCCCCCAAUCCACCAUCUCGGAAAGACCUGGACGAUUGGUUAGAAAGCUGCCUGAAAGAUGCCGCAGGCCCGCAGCUAUCUUCAUCAUCGGAAUUUCUAGAUUAUAAUGCAUCCAGCUUUAGUACAAAUAAGAAAAGUUCAUCUCAAAACUUCAACAGUAAUAACGGACGAUCGAAAUUGCCGCAAAAUUCAAUAAAUUAUUAUUUUCAAAAGUUACAAGCUGCACAAGAACUUCCUUCGUAUCAUCAUCAUUUCACCAAUUUCAACAAGAUGCAAUCACACUCUCAUCAUCUACCAAACGACCCGAGUUUGGAAUUUGCUAGUCUUCCGCCACUUGUGAAUUAUGGCCCGAAUGGUGAAAGUAAUUUAAAUGACAACAUUGAUAUGAAUGAUCCAACGAGAAGCUUGCGAUUCAGUGAUCCUUGCCUCAUUGCACCGUCCGAUACAGACUCCAAAAUUAGUGGUAAAAAUUCGCCGGAUACAAAAAGUUUUGAAAACCAAACCACGAGUAAUAAACUCCUGACUAGGCUUCUCGAAGAGAUUAACUCAUUACACGAGACAAAUUCAAAGAUUUGUCGAAAUCUUCAUGAAACAAAAGUUGAAAUCGAAGCAAUUAAACAUGCUCCAAGUUGGGGCUUAAGACACCGUAGAGAUAGCUUAAGUGGAUUGAGCACACACAGUCAGCCGUUGGGUUUUGCAUUCGGCACUCAAAGUCCUGCUCCAACUUUUCAUUCAGGUAUGUAUACGCCAGGGGCCAUGACUGAUGUAGUCCGCGAAGUAAAAGAAGCAGCUAGAGUUCGAGAGGAGGCAUUGCUUAGUAGGGUGAAAGCAAUGGUUGAGGAAAGGUCCUGGGUAGCAGCUGAGGGUAGUAUAAGGAUGAUGCGUGAUAUCGAAGAACUAAAAGCUCAAAUACAACAUCUACGUAGCGAUCGUAAGGAGUCAAAUAAACGAAUUGCACAACUCGAAACCGAAAAUAGAUAUAUUAGGUCAAUUUUAUCUUCAGUCGUGAAUAAUCGAACUUCGGAAAUCAUUCACGAGAAUGAGUUCGUUCGUUCCACACCUAUUCGAAAGAACGUAAUGGAAACCCCACGCCAAAAAUCUCAAAGACACAGUCUCAAUUUGAAUUACGGAACCAUCAACUAUGAAGAUGGUUUCAGUACAAUGCCAACAAAUGCGGCUCCAAAAUCUGUUUCACUAGAUGCCAUAAAAUUAGAUCAGAUCAAAAGUCAGCUCGAUCGACAGAAUUCGCACAGCAGCACAUUAGAAAGUCAGCAACAAAACGGAGGCACAUUCCGACCCGAAAAUGCCUAUCAUAGCUCGUCAUCACAUGAUGGUGGCGCUGGAGAUGGAGAGCAUUUACUACAAAUUCAAAACGACACUAUAGACUUACGUCGAGAACUCCAAGAUGCCAUAGCUAGCAAAAAACAAGCGGAAAAUCGUAUUAUAGCGCUUGAAAAUAUGGUACGGCGACUGCAAAUGAAAGGAGCUGCAGGGGUUGUGGGGUCACCGCCCACUUCAAACUCCACCGGACACCAUAACGAUACAAUUGGCAUACAAUUGAACGGGUCACUGUCGACACCAGCGACCAGCGAAUAUACCCAAAGCAAUACUCACAAUUUAAGUCCGUCACAAAUACAAACUAUGUCCACUAAACUAAGCCUCGCCGGACCCAUUACCGAUUUAUAGUUUCUUUGUCGAGCUGCCAACCAUAUUGUAACGAUUGACUGCAGUUUAUUAAUUUAAAUCUAUUUUCGGUAGUGACAUUAUUUUACAUCCGACCUUCCAGUUUUUGCCAAUAACUGAUGUAAAAUUUUCAAAAAGAAAUUAUUUCAUCAAAUUGUUUUCAAAGCAAAUUUCCAACGUCUCCUACCAGUUCGAAUAUUUUCUGAUUUCAUGGAACAUCACAUUCCUGUUUGUUGAUUUGCAACGAAGACUAGUUGUAAUAGUUUCAGUUGUUGUUGAACUGAUUGAAUAGUAAUUGGUCGAAUACGAAUGGGAACAGUGAGGGAUCGCACAAUUUUCAGUAUUUAGAGCCCUAAUUGGGUGAAUAUUCGUAGUUCAAUGUGCUCUAAAUAUUGAGAACUGAAUCUUGAGCCUGGAUGAAUAGAGUUCGUCCUCUCCAUUCGGAUUCGCACACUAAGAAUUCAUCGGUUUAACAAUCAGCCAUUUUCUAUGUACAAUCUUUUACAAGAAUUUUUCAUAGUUUAUUGUUAGGGCGAUUAAAAAUUUCAAAAAGGAUCACGACGACUCAUUUUUAGUUGCAUAGAAAAGUAAUGUUGAUGUUCAUAAACUGGAAGCCUUAUCGAAAGUUUAAUCCUGUCGAUUGUCAAACCUUACAAAUCAAAAACAUUCGGACAUUACAUAACAUCUCCAUCAAACACUAGAAACAUUUUUAAUGGAAUUGAAAAAUCAAAGGUGUACAAGCUCCUUGUAGCGCAACUUUUAUAAUUAGUGCCAUUUUUUCAAAUUGUUUUAUAUCGAAUUGGGUACAAAAUGGUUUGCUAAGCAGCGUAGAGUUCACCUAAGAAUAUUAGUAGAAUAUUAGUAUGAUUAGCAUUUCCCCUCGGUGAAUAUAAGAAUCUCGGAUCCAAUAUUGUCAUAACCUCUGUAAAAAUAACGUUGAUUCACUGAAAUAAUUCGCGUAAGAGUUUCUUCCUAUUUCUACCUACUUAGCAGAAUAUUGAAGUAAUGUGCCUUGUAUAAAGUAAUAUGAAAAACACAGAUAGAUUGUAAAGUGGAAUAUUUUACCCCAAUUAGAAUACACUUCAUACUACCCGAACCCCUAGAAUAUACACAUUAUGUUUUCGGUCCAUCUUCCAUCAACUCUGUACUAUUUUGUUGUUGUCUCUGAAUAAUUUAUUGAUUUUAAGUUUCGACUGUUGUAAAACCUCAUCUGAAUGAACACCAAAAUGGCAUGUAAAAGCGUGAACUAUGUGUAUAUUCACGCACUUACUUGACAGUCCACUUUUAACCACAUUUCCUAGAAGUAUUUUCUAGUGCUCAUGCUCAUGUUUUACAACUUCUUCCUACUUAAGUAUUUUAAUUCGUUCAUCAACAUGUCAUACUUAGCUUCCUAUAGGUUGCAUGCCCCGCAUCCGCAGAUUUAUAGAAAAGUGUAUUAAAAAACUGCUUCCUUUCUAAACGAAUGAAUAGAUAAUCAUAUGCUUAGAGAAACGAUUAACUACUAUAGAGGUCAAAGGAACUAAUUUUGUAAAAUAUAAAUAAAGCUGUAUUUUAUUUUGUUGGCAAAAACCAUUUUUCAGAAAUAAAUUAAUCUGAAUGAAAGAAAAA